AGCUCGAGGAGGGCAUAGGAGUAGCUCUGUUUGAUGACCAAGUUCGAAAAAUUUACGCAAAACUUUAUUGAAUAUAUUGAACAGUGCCUACAAGUUUCUGAAAGAAAUCAACUUGAAUGGGCAAGAUUUAAGCUUCAAGAAAGAAUAAACAAAUUCAUAUGUCCAGGCUGUAACGUUUUUUUAUAUGGUUCAGCAUAUUAUUUUUGUUUUUUAAAGAAUAGCGAUUUGGAUUUAACAGUUAUUCAUGGGUCUGCGGCCCCAAUAUCCGCUAGUGAAAACUGUGAAAAACUAGCUAACUGUGGCCUUAAUCUAGAAUUGUUAGAGGAACUCUUUGAAAUUAUAUGCUAUAUUCCCGGUUAUGAAAAUGUGCAAACUAAAAAAAAUGUUUUUAGUUCAAUCUUCUGCGACGUCACUAUAAAUAAUCGUCUCGCCUUAGUAAACUCUCAACUUAUUAUGGAAUACAUAAAACUCAACAAGUCUACAAGAAAACUAAUAAUUGGCGUUAAAGAUUGGACCAAGCGCCAUAACAUUAGCCUUUCCGGCUAUAGUAUAGCUCUCCUGGUGAUUUACUACCUGCAAUCACUCCAAGUUUUACCAUUCUUACAACCGCCCCUCGGAAGUACUUGGCCUCAUUCACCCAGAAAUAUGAUAGAAGGUUGGGAUUGCACCUUUAAGAGUAGCGACGAGUUAGCUCUUGACUGUCAACAUAACUUACUUAGUUAUAAUGCUAUUGAGCUAUAUUGCGGAUUCUUAAGAUUUUACGGUGCUGAGUUCCCUUAUAAAGAUCGCUUUGUAUGCAUCCGGGAUCAUGAUAGAAACUUGCUUUCUUCAAAAAACUCACCCGCAAAUUUAAUCGAUAAAGUAACAGUUGAGGGUGAAUGUUGGACUAUGAAAAAAAGCGCGAUUGUGAUUCAAGAUCCUUUUGAGUUGUGUCAUAAUAUUACUCAUUCUUUUAAAGAAGAAUCCCUCAAUAAAUUUAAAGAGGAGUUAAUUACUUCAUACCUUAGCAUGCUAGAGGCCGUUACUCUUAGUACCGCUUCUUUUCCAGAAAAGAAAUGGGACGAAUUUUAA